GACUCAGUAUGCAGUAUCCUAGCACACUGAUCAGCGCCCUUGCCCUGCUUCCAGCGGUCAACUGUAUCGCUUUUGGAGGACCUGCCCCUACUCAGGGUACUCGCGCGGUAACUGGAUCAAGUCCUAAGCCUACCAAUGGACCUUCCCUCGCAGAGCUACGUAGGAGGGCAAACGUGAACCCGGAGACAUGUGGUUUUUAUAGUGAAGAUCUAGAUUUACCCGUUACUUGCGGCAUUGGCAGAACGUGUAUGAUGUUUUCGUCCGCGAGCAUCGGCGCAGUCGGUUGUUGUGAUGGUUCCGAUCUCCAGGCUUGCGGCUGGGCGACUGGUUGUGUUGACUACCAGUCUUUGACGGCUGGUAAUUGCAAUGGAGCUUGCAAGUCGAAUAGCUUCAUCCGGAAAUGUACCGAUAGCUUCUCACCGUACUGCGUCACUUGGACGUAUCCUGGAGAUGGAGUCAAAGAUUUCGGCUGUACGGACGACAUCUUGUCCACGUAUGAGACUAUCUUCUUCGACGCAACGGACACCUUGUUCUCCUCAUCAACGUCUAUCUCACUUCCAACAAUUUCAGGAAAGGCCGUUACAGGUUGGGAUGGAUCCUCUACCAACGGCGGUGGCGCUAGUGGUACCGGUACUGCUACAGAAACCGACACCGAUACUUCCAACCCUACAUCUGCUCCUUCAAAUGGAGGUGGUGGGAGAAAGAAAACAUCGAAAUCCAAAGUCUCGAUCGGAUUGAUUGUUGGUGUUGCAGCUGGUGUCUUCCUUCUAUUCCUCGCAAUCGUAGCUAUUAUCAUCUUCUGUUGUGUCAAGCAGAAGAAGAAGAAGAAGCAAGAACUCGCAAACCAACAAGCCAUGGCCGCCGCACAAGCCUCUCGCCCGCAAUCUCAAUAUAACCCGCCAAUGCAGCAUCAACAAAUGGCACAAAUGCCUCCGCCGAUGCCGCAGACACCACAGCCAGCAAACAACGAGUACUUCAAACCUGGCAUGCAACACCCGCCGCAGAGUCCGUACCAGCAACAAGCAGAGCCGCAGAAAUUCAACUAUCAGCAGAAUGUUCAUGAGACUCAGACUCAUUCUCCGUCAAUCUCAAACCCUCCAACACCUACUCCUGCGUAUACCCAACCAUACCACGUGCCUAACGGUGUUGUACCGCCAAUGCCGGCACAGUCUCCUGGUCCCUAUCAGCCUAGAGAGCCAACGCCGGGGGCGCAUGAGGUCGACGCGAUAAGCAUGCCUCACGCGCCAACACCACAAGGCCAGCAACCUCAGCACCAGCCUGUGUACGAGAUAGGAAGUGGGAGAUAA